UGUUCUGAUUCAAAAAUCAAACCACCUAAAUUCAAAUAUACAUGGCUGCUCAAAUCUCUCCCAUUUUUUCAACACGCACCACUAAAUCCGUGAAUGAUGAGCUUCUCGUCCCCGGUUUCGAUUCCCAGAGGAUCACCAAAUAUACAACAAUUUCCUUCUCUUCUCACCUCAACGCCAAUCUGUCAAUCAAAUCUUUGGAGACUAGAAGACGGCGACGAAAACAAAACUACUCCAAAUUAGUAACAGAAUGCUACUCUGACCAAAUGAAGCUUGAUACCAGUCUGGGCCCUAGGGUCAAUUCCGUAAAUCCUUCAAAAACAGUGGCCCUAAUUGACGAAACAGCUGCACUUCUAGAAGCCGGUGUUCCUGUCAUUCGCUUAGCUACCGGAGAAUCCGAUUUUGACACCCCCGCUGUUAUCGCUGAGGCUGGAAUAAAUGCAAUUCGUGAAGGUUACACAAGGUAUACAUCUAAUGCAGGUACCCUUGAACUACGAACAGCAAUAUGCAAGAAAUUGAAAGAGGAGAAUCAUAUUUCUUACACACCUGAUGAAAUUGUGGUUAGUAAUGGGGCAAAACAGAGUACACUACAAGCAGUUCUUGCUGUUUGUUCCCCAGGAGACGAGGUUAUAAUUCCAGCUCCAUUUUGGGUAAGUUACCCUGAAUUGGCAAGGUUGGCUGAUGCAACACCUGUGAUUAUUCCUGCAAGCAUCUCUGAAAAUUUUCUGUUAGAUCCGAAGCUUCUAGAAUCUAAGCUUACUCAGAAGUCAAGACUGCUAAUUCUUUGUUCUCCAUGUAACCCAACAGGGGCAGUUUAUCCUAGGAAGCUUCUAGAAGAAAUUGCUCGAGUUGUUGCAAAGCAUCCAAGACUUUUGGUGGUUUCUGAUGAAACUUAUGAGCACAUAAUAUUUUCGCCAGCUGUCCACACGAGCUUUGCAUCUUUGCCUGGCAUGUGGGAACGGACACUAACAGUCAAUGGGUUCUCUAAGGCUUUUGCAAUGACUGGAUGGAGACUUGGAUAUAUUGCUGGUCCUAAACAUUUUGUUGCUGCCACUGGAAAAAUUCAAAGUCAGUCAACUUCAGGUGCGAGUAGCAUAUCUCAAAAAGCGGCUGUCGCUGCUUUAGGAAUGGGAUACGCAGGUGGAGAAGCUGUUUCACAAAUGGUCAAAGCAUUUCGUGAACGCCGAGAUUUUUUGGUCAAAGCUUUCAGGGAAUUAAAUGGUGUCAAAAUAUCUGAACCUCAGGGUGCUUUCUACAUCUUUCUUGAUUUGAGCUAUUACUAUGGCAUGGAGGUUGAUGAUUUUGGUUUGAUUAAGGAUUCAGAGUCACUAUGUCGGUAUUUGCUGCAAAAAUGUCAGGUACGUCAGGAGACCGUGGCAAGGCGAAGGCGUGAUCGUACCGCUCCUCAUGAUUUUGUAGUAAUGUGAUUAUGGGAAUACUCUAAAUGAUUUGUAUUGAAAACCUUUUUGUAAUAAUUUAAUGGAAUCGGGUUGUUUUUGAAAAAUUUAAAUUGGUUGGAUUUUUCGGUCGUUACAAGUUGGUAUCAAAGCCUUGGUUUGAGUGAAUUAGAGGAACACUCGUGUGACUCCAGUCUCAAAUCGAGGAGAGUUUUCAAAAGAGAAAUUAAAAUGGUUUUCAAAACGAGUAAAGGAGGACGCGGAGGUACGAUCAGCCGGAGCCAGUAAGUAACCCCAAAAUACCAAUGCAUGAUAAUUGUUUUGAGCUUUGUUAGAACAGCAUGCUGGUGCUAGGCUAGGGAUCUUAAGGAUUUCAUGUUAAUGCUGCCUGAUUUGUGAUGCCUGUAGCCUAGGGUUUCCUUGUGGGAGAUUUCCAGUGUUCCUCUAGAGGUGAGGGUUGAGCGCUUGAUUGUAUGUUUUCUCUAGGGCAUUGUGGUAGUACUUCAUACAAAUAUGGGUAGGUAUGGAAGGUAGUAUGGGCCCGUACUACUGGAAGCACAAGACCCGUACGCGUAUUAGGGAAACCAUGACCCCUAGGGUUGGGUUGAGAGUUGGUUCCCGGGAUAGUGGGACGUAUCUGAGAUUUUGUGGUGUUCUUUUCAGUAUGGAGAUUCCGAUGCAUGCUAGGAGUGGAUCCGGGUCAGGAUCGGGAGCAGGAGAGGGAGUACCGGACGGGUCAGUGUCGCCCGAGGUUAUUGGUCAGAUGAGCAUGUGCGAGUUGGAUGCGAGGAUUCGUGAGAUCCUACAGGAUGAGGUUGCUACGUUGUUCCGGGCCGAGUUGCCGGAACUGUUUGGGUCGAUCAAGACCGCCAUGAUCGAGUACUUUGAUGAGCGCUAUGCAGCUCUCACAGAGACGGCUGUCGCGGCGGCUAUAGCGGCUAUAGCAGCGGCAGGGGGAGGAGUUGGUCGGGGUUUUCAGUAUCGGGACUUCGAUAAUAUGAAGCCUCCCACCUUUGAUGGAGUUCAGGACCCGAUUGUUGUUAUAAGAUGAUUAUCGGACGUGGAGGGGUGUUUCUUCACGUGUUCAUGCCCUGCUGAUCAGAGGGUGAGGUGUGCUCUGCACCUGUUGAGGCUCGGGGCAAAGGAUUGGUGGAGAUUGACCACGGGGUCAUAUUCGGAUGCGCAGAGGGUUGCGGUUUCGUGGGAUUAGUUCAGAGAAAUGUUCAGCACUCGUUAUAUUCCGCGAGUCGAGAGGGAAAGAUUGGCUCAGAAGUUUCUUAAGCUGAAGCAGGGUUUGGAGUCGGUGACGGAGAUCACCAGGAUGUUCACUGAGAGGGCGAUGUUUUGCCCUGAGUUCGCUUUGGAGCAGGCUCAGAUGUCCCGAUAUCUGAGUAUGCUCAAGAGAGAUAUCAGACAGUUUGUGUCUACGCAGAGGUGCGAGACCUUGUUGGAGUUGCAGGAGGCCGCCAGGCGGCGUGAGUUAGAGAUUGAGUUGCAGUUGCGUGAGUUGAGGCAGGCUCAAGUGCAGUUGCAGCCGGCGCCGAAACGGUCGAAGACCGUUGAUUCCAGGGUAGGAGAGCAGACUAGUCACACUUGUGGGAAGUGUGGGAGGGGUCACACCGGAGUUUGUAGGUCCAGUGGCGCAUGCCGCAAGUGCGGAAAGGAGGGGCACUAUGCGAGGGAUUGUCGACAGUCAGCGCAGGCUCGGGAUUUGAGGAUUUGUUAUCAUUGUCAUCAGGUUGGACACUUGAGAGUCAACUGUCCACAGAUUGUGCAGGACCGGUGUAGGCUCCAGCACCGGUCACUUUGAGGAUCACGGGUGGAGGUCAGGGUGGAGCGGAGCCCCCAAGGGCUCAUGGUCGUGCUUUUCAGCUUACUACAGAGGAGGUCAGAGCAGUGUCGGAUGCAACUGCGGGUAUGUUUCUUUCUUGAUGUCUUCAUUAUAUGUGAUUAUUAUGGAGUAUUGUUAUCUGCUAGUCUAUUUGUGUGGCUUCGGUGUGGUAUUCGUUGUUCUUUGUGGGAUAUGGUAUGGUUGGGUUUAGUAUUGCAAAUUUCGUUGGUUAUUUUUCUUGGGGGUAUCUUAGUGGUAAUCUGGCGUCCGAUUUGAGGAUUGGAUAGUAUUGUCUUCUAAGGAGUGGUUAGCUGCAGAUUGAGUUUCUUUCGAGCUCGGGUUGAUCAACGUUGAUAUGUGCUUUUGUGAAGGUUGCUCGUGCUUGCGGGACGCAAUUCGCGUGUAAGUAAUUGUGUUGUGUAAGGUUGUUUAGCGAGGUCGGUGAUGGCGACCGGUGAUUGAUAGUCAGUGCUAUAAGUGGGGGAGAAUUGGGAAUUCUCCGGAAGGUCGAUGGACAUGAGAGGUUGAUUAGCUGCUUGGGUUUCAGCAGUGGUUCUGUCAGUCAAGAGUAUAGGCUGGUAUGAGUAAGUGGCAGGCAUGCGGGGCGGGAUACAGACCUAGGGCAUUCGAUUGUGGAGGGCCUGGGAUCAGGCCGGGAUUGUCACACCCCGAAAACCGAAGGCGGAAACAUUUCCGGGGUUGACUCCACGUUGAGUAUCAAAUCUAAUGCACAUAGUAAGUAAAGUAAAACAACCAUUACAUUACAUAAUAAAGUUUUACAGUGGUUCCAAAAAUAAGGUUUGUACAAUUGUGAUACAUAGUAUAUAUAGACAAAAUGAAACGGAUCUUCAUGUACUCCGUCUUCUGAUCAAAAGAAAUCUUCGAAUACCUGUUCUAACGCUGACCUGAGAACACAAGCGGUUUGAAAAUCAGCAUAAAGCUGGUGAGUUCAUAAGCGGUUUUUGUUUGUGAACAUGAUUUGAGCUUCCUUUCUGUUUCUGAAAUGUUAUAUGCACCAAGAAAAUCCCAUAUUUUCUUAAUAGUUGGUUAUUGUUUCACAAAUGUAAGGUAUAUUAAGUUUGUACACUGAAAAUAUGUUAAUUCAUGUGAAAAUGUAUAGUUGGUUAUCUGACUGGUUAAACUGUUCUGUUUACUUAUCAUGUGUUACCAAGAAAGUCCCAUACUUUCUUAUUGUAUGUUACAAUUGUAAAAAAAAUGUAAUGUUAUCCAGUUUGUUACUCUUUCUAGUUAGGU